AGGGUCAUGAUGGCGCUCGUGUAUCAAAGCUUUUGCCUCCUGGAAAGUUGUUACGCUGUAAAUAUGACGACGCAAAAACUAUGAUUGAGAUGAUGGACAGAGGAUGCAGAAUUUCCGAUAAUGGCCAAUGUGUUGGUUGGAGAAAAAAUUCUGAAUAUUUUUGGCUUACAUACCAAGAAUUUAUGAAACGAGCAAAGCAUUUUGGUGCCGGAUUGGAAAAAAUAGGAAUAAAUCUUGGACAAUCCACUCGGAUUGGCAUUCAUGCAACAAACUCAGUACAAUGGUUGAUAGCUCAAUACGGCUGUUUUUAUUAUUCAUCUUCUGCUGUUCCUCUGUAUGACACCAUUGGUCCUGAAGCCAGAACUUUUAUGAUUAAUAAUGGUAAUAUACAGUAGUUUUUAUGAUUUAUAUUUAACUUUGUUUUUAAUAAUAA